CUCUCUCUCUCUCUCUCUUCUUCCUUUUCGCAUCAAAGAUGAUGGCAACUUUGUAGUUGUCAGUUCUCUUCUCCUUCUCUCUCUCUCCCUUCUUCCCUUCUCAUAACUAUAUGUUUCUGAAUCCAUCCUCUCUUAGUCAUCCAUUGUUGAGGUAAGCAACUCUUUCUUCUUCCUAGUGAGAUUUCCAACUAUCAAAUCUGCCAUCUGUCUUUUUGUUGGUCACUCAAUAUAUCAUCCCUAACUCGCGACUUUCUUUCUGUCGGUUAUAGAUAUUUCAAAAAAUAGAUGAGUCACCACUUUAUAUAAGGCAAAACGUUUCUAAGUCCACACAUGUCCACAUCCCAUCAAUCUCACUUAAUUGCGUUCACCUUCUCCAUGUUUCUGCUCUCCUACUUAGAGAAAAUGAUAAAAAAAACUUUCUCCCUUCCGUUUUCUUUUCAUUUCUCCACUAUUCAUGAUUUCCAUCGUCUCCUUUGCAUUUCUCUUUUCUCUCAGUCUCUCCAACGAGAAACUUCUAUUAUUUUUCUGUGUGGGUUCGUCGAUUGUAGUUUGAAAGUUGACUACUACCAAAUUCACCACUACGACAAGCGAACAACACACUGAUCGCUGCUUGAAAGGGUCGCUCUUAUUCUCUUGUCGUCUUCAUAGUUGUACGUUUUUUGAGCCUUGUCUCUCAUAGUCAUCCUUUGUAUAAGUAAGCAACUUUUUCUUCUUCCUAGUAAGAUUUCCAACUAUCAAAUAUGAAAUAUGCCUUUUUGUUGGCAUAGUCACGAUUUUGCCUAUUUUCCCUUGUUGACGAAGUUCUUAAUCAUUGACAGAAGUUCAUACGUUGUUAUCUUUUGGUUUGUUCAUGAUAGUUUCAAUUUUGGAAUUCAUACUAAUUUUUUGUCAGUUUGUUUGUUUGGGUGUAGGUUUCUGCUAGGAAUUGAAGUUGAUCCUUCGGAUCAACCAUGCUUGAAGAAAUCAAGAUGCCUUCGGAAAGGAGACGAAUAUUUUCUGAUGGAGCCAAGUUUGACAGACUUAGUGGGCUUCCCGAUGAAGUUUUGCACCAUGUACUCUCCUUCCUCGAUACCAAGUGUGUUGUUCAAAGUAGCAUUUUGUCAAACAGGUGGAGAUCACUAUGGAAAACGGUUCCCGUGUUCAAUUUCAAUGGAGAAUCCUUCAAUGAGCACAACUUCAAGGACCAUGUGGACGAACUUCUAAAAGUCUAUUUUGUCAACUCACACAGGCUUUGUCAUGUAUCGAUUCUCAAUUGUCCUGGAUUUGGAGAGAGGUCUGAUAUCUUUGCCGCCAUCUUCCGCUCAAUCUCCCUCUGCGACCAAUCAAUCGAGACUCUGGACUUAAAACGAGUCCAGUUUGAUAAUAUGACAUUUGGGUUGCAAAGCUCUGGUUUCAAAGUGCUUACCACUUUGACCUUGUCUGAGUGCUACUUAGAUUUCUCUAGCUGGAACCAGCCGCUCAACCCGUUUGCUCGUUUCCCCAUGUUGAAGAAUUUGGCACUAAUAUCUUGCAGUUGUUCUCUUGGUGACGAUCCCGAAGAUGACGAGACAAUGAGGUGUUUGAAAGUUGUUGGACUCCAGUUGCUUAUCCUAGAAGUAGACGAUGUAUUUGGUUUCGAUGAGAUAAAAGUAUUUGCACCAAAUCUGAAACGGUAUACUUACAAGAAUCAGAUUCGUGACUUUUCUCCAAUGACAGAAGUCUUGGUCAAUGUCCCUUCCUUAGAGCAUGCCGAUAUCAAGUUGUUGGGAUACAAGGGCUUGUAUGAUGAGUAUAAGCAAGAGGCAACCCGACAGUAUGCAAACUUGUUCCUUGGUAUGAGUAGAGCAGUGUCGCUUGUCUUCCAAUUUGAUACCGCCAAGGAAGUCUUCGAUGCUUGUGGCUUGUUAAGGGAUCGACUCUCUCCUUUCAAAAGAUUGAAAUCCCUUAGUCUCCGUCAUUCAGAACAAAAAGUCGACAUACCAAACUACGUGACACGAUUCUUUUUUGGUGACUCCUCUCUCAAAUAUGAAAAAGGUGUGAAUGUAACCAAGGUGACUACAUCAUUUUGACUUUCAAGUGCUUGGAAGAUUUCGCAAACUGCAAGUCAUAUCCUCUUGUGAAAUUUCUUGAAAAGUAGAAGCUCAAGAGACUUCGGUUCCUGUUUGUAUUGCUUAUUGGAAAAUUAGAGAUAGGUCUUACUACUAGACCAAACUCAUAUAAGUAUAACUAGACAAUUGAGUGGUUUCUUUAUGUUUGCUCUUAUUGUGGACCAUAAUGGAAAUCGAAUGAAUAUCCCUCUAUUAUCUCAACGUUUUAUUUUUGGAAUUAUGUUAUGUUUCUUAAAAUUUUUUUGGAAUCAACAAUUUGAAUUUGG